GUUGGUCUGCGAACGGCGCGUCGCACCGUUUCUGUUGUGCUCGUCCGCUAUGUGCAAUAUAUUUUCGAGUCCUACUAAAUAUAUUUUUCUGGCAGCUAUUUGUUAGGACCUCUCGUGUGAUCAUUAAGUGUCAGUGAAUGUUUUACAUAAAUAAUGUGAUGAUUAUUUGACAGUAGCCUUGUGGAAAUUCUGACGUGAAUUGUGAUAGUUAUGGUCUCGGCCGAAAUUAUUGACAAGAGUGUUAAGAGUGGUAAUAUGUGGUAUGUUUGGUUGUUAUUAGUGUUUACUAGUACAGUGCUAACUACGAACGUCAAUGAUUUAUCAGCAGUCGGUCCACCAGAGUGUGCAGCUCGUCAUUUUCGCUGUGGCAAUGGCAAGUGUAUACCAUUGAGCUGGGCUUGUGAUGCCGAGAGGGACUGCGACGACGGCAGCGACGAAUUCCCUGAAGAAUGCAAAGAAGUUCGAGUUUGUUCUGAAAACGAGUUCAGAUGCAAUAACAGCCGGUGCAUACCGCAGCGAUGGCAUUGCGACAACGAGAAGGAUUGUUCCGAUGGAAGCGACGAGGACCCGCUCAAAUGCCAUACGCGUCAAUGCAGCCCGGAAGAAUUCAAGUGCCGGAGUGGCGUAUGCAUACCAGGAUCCUGGAUUUGCGAUGACAUGUCAGAUUGCGCUGAUGGAGAAGACGAGUUCAAGUGCGAAGGAAGAGUUUGUUCAAGUGAUGAGUUUACCUGCCGUGGAUCAUCAGGAGAAUGUGUUCCACUAAAUUGGAUGUGUGAUGACAACCCUGAUUGCAGCGAUGGCAGCGACGAAUUGGCUUGCAAUGAUACUUGCCGCUCCGACGAGUUCACAUGCGGCAACGGCAAAUGUGUGCAGAGGCGUUGGGUCUGCGAUCGUGACGACGAUUGCGGCGACGGGAGCGAUGAGCACGCCUGUCCACCUGCGACCUGCGCUCCAGAUACGGAGUUUGCCUGCUCCGAGAACUAUUGUAUCACCAGCCGCUGGCGGUGCGACGGUGAUUUGGAUUGUCCUGAUGGCAGCGACGAGCGGGGCUGCUCUAAUCCUCCACCAGUUGUUUCUCCUUGUUUAGCGAGGGAGUUUGAAUGCAAAGAUCGCCUCACAUGCAUUCACCAGACUUGGGUUUGCGAUGGUGAUAGAGAUUGCCCUGGUGGCGAUGACGAGGACCCAAAAAGAUGCCACAAUAUCACAUGCCGACCUGAUCAAUUCCAAUGCAAAGAUAGGACUUGCAUUUCUGGUCAUCUGCAAUGCAAUGGCCAUCAGGAAUGUGCUGAUGGCAGUGAUGAACACAAUUGCACGACGCCUGUGCCACGAUGCGAUCCUAAGACACAAUUUGAUUGCGGCGGCAACGUUUGCAUUCCGUUGUCGAAGGUUUGUGAUGGCAAGCAGGAUUGUCCCAUGUCUGAAGAUGAACCAGAAGGAAAAUGCGGGCAGAACGAGUGCACAGUCAAUAACGGAGGUUGCUCGCAGACUUGUGUCGAUACACCAGCGAGCUAUUACUGUGAUUGUCUUCCUGGAUAUCAUUUAACAACCAAUACCACCUGCGAAGAUACAAAUGAGUGCGAGAACCCUGGAGCCUGCUCUCAGACCUGCAUUAACGAGAAGGGUUCGUUCAAAUGCGAAUGCAUCAAUGGAUACAUGCGUGAUCUUCGGGACAGAACCCGUUGCAAAGCGACUGAAGGGCACGCCUCUUUGCUGUUCGCUCGCCGACACGAUAUCAGGAAGAUAUCUCUGGACCAUCACGAAAUGACAGCCAUUGUGAACAAUACAAAAAGUGCGACUGCAUUAGAUUUCGUUUUCCGCACCGGAAUGAUAUUCUGGAGUGAUGUCAGCGAACAGAAAAUUUACAAGGCUCCCAUUGAUGAAGGAACGGAAAGAACAGUUGUGAUCAAGGACGAAAUAACAACGUCUGAUGGGUUAGCCGUGGACUGGAUUUAUAAUCAUAUCUAUUGGACCGAUACGGGCAAGAACACAAUAGAACUUGCAAAUUUCAAGGGCAAUAUGCGAAAAGUUUUGAUAACAGAUGAAUUAGAAGAACCACGUGCUAUUGCAUUGAAUCCAAUUGACGGUUGGAUGUACUGGACUGACUGGGGUACUGAACCUAAAAUUGAACGUGCGGGUAUGGAUGGCUCUCACAGACAAACUAUUGUAUCUUAUGAAGUGAAAUGGCCAAACGGUUUAACAUUGGACUUGGUCCGUAAACGUGUAUACUGGGUGGAUGCAAAACUGAACGUGAUUUCAUCUUGUAAUUACGAUGGUUCCGAUCGUCGUAUGAUACUUUAUUCUGCGGACACGUUAAGACAUCCUUUCUCUAUAACUACAUUUGAAGAUUGGAUUUAUUGGACCGACUGGGACAAGAUGGCCGUAUUCAAAGCGAAUAAAUUUGAUGGGCAUGAUGUUCAACCGAUUACUGCUACUCAAAUGUUACAAAAUCCAAUGGUGGUGCAUGUAUACCAUCCAUACAGACAGCCCGAUGGUGAAAACCAUUGCCAAGCAGUAAAUGGUCAUUGCUCUCAUCUUUGUCUUCCUGCUCCACGGAUCACAGCAAGGUCUCCGCGAAUCUCCUGCGCGUGUCCCACCGGGUUGAAACUAAUGCCUGAUGGGCUCAUGUGCGGCGAGGAUACGGUAUCUCCAAGCGAUAAAAACAAAGCAUCGAAUAGGACGCGACCUGAUUCUAAUAAUGACAGUCAAACGCCGCAUCAUGCUGUUGUACCUUCUAGCUAUCCAAAUGGUGUCAUAAACCGCACUGGAAGUGAUGGCACGCUGGUGCAUGAAGCCUCAGAUAGUGGUGUCGUCGCUGGAAUAGUCAUAGCUGCCGUCACUGCUGUUGCUAUUAUUGUAGCAUUGUGCGCGUUUCUGGUGUAUCGACACUAUCUUCAUAGGAACGUGACUUCGAUGAACUUCGAUAACCCGGUAUACCGCAAGACCACCGAGGAUCAAUUCAGUUUAGAGAAGAACGGCUACACCGCACCACCGAGGCUCUACCCGAGCACCGUCUGCGAAGAGGCUCAAGAACCAUUAACUACACCAGGAAAUAAUGAAUUUGUCUGACAACAUACCAAAACUACUUUCGCCAUAUUGUCAUAGCUUGCAAAAAUCAUUGAAAAGAUUUUAUAUUUCUUUCAAGCUCAAAUGAUAAUUUUGUCUAUGGAAAUGGCUGCGAGAUAUAAUUUAAUGUUUAAUUAAAGUCGGUCAAUUCUACUUAAUCGCUGUGCAAUUAUAUUGUAACUUGUAAAUAAUCGUUAUGCUAUAGCUCAGUGUCGUAGAGUUAUUUUGAUAUGAAUAAGUCAUAAGUUCUAUCAAGAUAUAAAAUUAUUGCCUAAUAUCAAUGAUCACCAAACAAAUAGUUUUUAAUUCGUUUUUUAUUUAAUUUUAAGAGAAUAUUAUUAUGAAUAUGUUAAGAUUAUAUAAAUAGUUAUGAACGUUUUUCUUAAGAAAUACUCAAAGACAUAAUAUAUACAAACUUCAUAUAAAUCUGUUCUUAAUAUAAAACUUGUUAAGAGAUUUUGUACAUAUCUAUAAAUUUUAUUUACUUCGAAAUACUAUUAAAUUGUGCAUAAAAUUAUUUGUAUAUACAGUGUUCUUUUUAAUAUCCACUUUUAUUAUUUUAAAUUCAUAUAGUAUUUUCAUAUUUUAUGUUAAUAAAAUAUAUUUAAUCAGAACACUAACUCUUAUUUUAUAAUAAUAUGUUACAUUUGAGUCUACAUGAUAGAAAUAACUGUGAUUGCUAAAAAAAAU